GUGUAACUUAGUUUGUUGGCAUUAGUAGAGCGAAAACAUUGGAGCAACAUGGUUAACGUGCGCGUACUCGUGGUGUUGCAAAUGUUGAUCGUUUGCAACACAUUUGGUGCAGUAAGAAGACCCUUGCGAACAAAUUUACGGGAAGGAAGCAGUUGUGAUACGCCUCAAGUUAUCGGCGGAAAGUGCUUAAAUGAAAAUUUAUGUGAUCCCGAGUUUGUGCACUCGAUAUCCUACACGGAGCAUACACCCGUGUGCCAACAGAAUGCCUUCUAUAAAGUGAUUUGCUGUCAGCCAUUUUUAGAUUUUUGUCAAAAUAUUAAACACUUUCAAAUCUUGCACGGUAGUGAAGCGGAGCCAGGACAGUUUCCCCACCUGGCCCGGUUGGGAUUGAGGAAUGACGAAGAUGAGAUUGGUUGGACUUGCAGUGCAAAUAUUAUAACGCAGCGAUUUCUCCUGACUGCCGCUCACUGUAAACCGGCAGAUAUUGCCGGAGUCGAUUGUGCUGAAACGACGCAAUGUGAACAACUGAGAGGAGUGAAGAACUUUAUUUCACAUUCGAAAUAUAAAAAGUCCCUGAAGUACCAUGAUAUUGCGUUGGUCGAGCUAGACCAGGAUGUUAAAUUUAAUAAGCGUGUACUUCCGAUUUGUCCAUACAACAGUACGGACGACGUACCUGCGAUGGAGGAUAUGACCAUUGCUGGAUGGGGUGCAACACAAAGUCAUUUUCAAUCACCACAGCUGAUGUACGCUACUGUGCGAACCGUAUCGCAAAAAAAAUGCCGCGAUCAGUACGCUAUACUGCUUAAGGAAUUACCGAAUGCUAAACUCGGCCAAGGCAUAAUCGACGAACAGUACUGUGUACGGGGAGCGUUGGUGGAAAAUGUUAGUGAAUACAUUGACGCAUGCACCGGCGAUUCUGGUGGACCGUUACAGGUGGAGCAGAACAGUAAUAUAUAUUUAGUAGGUAUUGUAUCGGCCGGAAUUGGCUGUGGUUCAGAUUCGCCUGGAUUGUACACACGUGUUGCUGCCUAUUUCGAUUGGAUUAAAGAAACGAUCGGAAAAAGGCAAACUGCACAACCCACUUAGUAUGUCAUAUUACACUUUGAGGAUACACACUGGAAUGUAGAUGGCUUUGGUAUGUGCUUUGUCGUAAAUGCAGACGUGUUCGUCUGCAGGUUUAUUGAUUUUUUGCAGGGUGUUGGAAUGUAUGAAUCUGGCGAAACACUAUGCUUUACAUAAUAAUAGCAAUCAUUUAAUUAAAUAUAGCACUUUACUCAAACUUGUCUUAGCUGGGCACUGUUUUAUCGUAGUAUAUUAUGUCUUUGAUAGCUUGAAGAAUAGUUUAUUGUCUCGAAAGUCGGUAAUGCGAGUCGAACGCAUGCAUGUUUAGCUUUCAGGUUCGUCGACUGGUACCGGUACCGCCUUGGCACAGCGGAAGCAACCUCUGACACACUUUUUCAGCGAUCGAAUUUUGUAGAUAACUUGUUCCUGACGAAGAGCGAGAUAAAAACGAGUUUGUAGAAGUUUGCGUAUAGUCUGCGAACAGUCAUAGUUACCUGCAUCAGAUUGAAGCACAUGGCAAUCAACGCCAUACCGAGCAGCAGGUACACGGCACACAGAAUGAAACUGAUUUCCAUUUUAGUGUCACCCUUGGUCUGUAACUGUUUGUCAGGAAAAUGUAAUAAUGAAAAGGGUUAUAAUAAACAUAUGAAGCAAGAAACCCACAAGCCC